UGAGAAAGAGUAGGCGCUCGUGCGCGAGACUUCCAUAUUGAGAGGUUUAAAUUGUUAAUUUCUUUUUAAUCCUCAUGUACAAAAAUGACACAUCAGUUAAUACUAAAUCUUACCUGCGCCGGUGGUCGAUAUAAGGACUUACCUAAGGGCGCGUGUCAUUACCGAGUCGCGGGUUUUUAAACUGAGGUAAAGUUGUGGUAAAGGAUAAAACAGAAACGCAAAACUCGUUCAUAUUCGACCAAAAGCCACCAUAACCACAUAAAUUGCAGUAUACAAAUAUUUGCGCUUUAAUUUAUGUCGGAUAUGAUUGUUCAAAUCUAUUUUGUUCUUUAACUGAUGCUGGCUGAUUUCGCCGAGAUUUAGCUAGUUUAAAAGCACAGUUGUAAUGAAUUUAGCAGCAGUCUGAGACUAGAAACAACACAUCAGAGAACUCAAAUUAAGCCAUUCCUACUAACAUAUUUUUUAAAGCUAUUUCGCUUCAGCAUUAAUACUUACGCGGCGGAUACAAAGUCCUGUAAUCUCGGGUGAUUUUGGAGAGACAUGAUUAAACUGAGCCGUGCGUGGACCGAAUCCGCCCCGGCUCACGGUCUGCAAAUCCGGAGAGGCCAGCGGAGACCGAAACCGAACCAAGCUGGCCGGAAGCAGCCUGACGCCUGUCAGCAGCAGCGCAAGCAGACGGCGGGCCCGACCUUGCUGAUCCAGAGGCAGGAGAUGGCCUCCUUUUUCAGACUGUUCGAUGAUGAUCUGAUACAGGAUUUUCUGUGGAUGGACUGCUGCUGCAAACUUACAGACAAGUAUUUGCUGGCUAUGGCGUUUGUGUACUUCAGGAGGGCUCGUUUCAGUGUCAGUGAACACAACAGAAUGAAUUUCUUCAUUGCCCUUUAUCUGGCAAACACGAUGGAAGAGGAUGAGGAGGAGAUGAAGUAUGAGAUCUUUCCCUGGGCUCUUGGAAAGAGCUGGAGGAAAAAUUUCCCUCGAUUCCUGAGGCAAAAAGACCAACUGUGGGCACGCAUAGAGUACCGAGCUGCUGUCAGCAGACGAAGCUGUGAGGAGGUAAUGGCUAUCGUGCCAUCUCACUUCAUCUGGCAGCGGGAGCGUUCAGAACAUCACAGUGGAGCUCAGAGACAGGACCGAAACCGGGAGGAGAUCCUCAUUCCCCGUGGGCCCUCUGGUUCUCCAGAGACUUGUUCUCUAUGUGCCAAGACCUCUUCUCAUCCCCCACAUCGUCCAUCCUCUGCUAGCACCCGCUCUUCAUCUGUGCCCCUAGAGACUAACCCACAAAAGUCCCAAACUUCUUGUAGAUCUAGUAAGAUGUCAAAGGCUCAGGGCACCUGUAACUUCUCAAAUAGAGCAGGAGGUGAUGUGACCAGUGAAAUGUGUCGAGAUAAUUCGAUGGACUGGAUCAGUGAGGAGUAGCUGAAUUGCAUGACAAACUGACUACUUCAGAGGCACUUUAGUCUCUAAACUGACCUUAUGUUGUACAGUAUUUGAAUGAGUAGG